AUGUGGGGUCCCGUCAAGAAAGGCGGCGAAGGACGGGCAAACCUCAUCAUCACACCUCACACCGCCGAUACGCUAGACAUGGUCCUGCCCCUGUUCACGCGGGUGAGAAGCAUGAUCAAGACUUGGAUUGAGGGAGACUGCCACGCUAAUGUGCCCACGUGCGUCUCACACCACAGCGCUUCACACAAAAUGCCCAGGCCCUAAUCAGCGGCGACGGCAGCUUCGAGGGGGUCGUCGAUGCUGAGCAUGGCUACUGA